GGUUGAAGAUGCCGAUCAGAACCAGGCUAACGAAGAACACCGCGAUGAAGAUGAUGAUCGGAACCCGGCUAACGACGAACCCCACGAUGAAGAUGAUGAUCAAGACCAGUCCGAGUCCGACGAAGGAAAUCAUGGAUUACUGUGACGGUUGGUUACUUCUUUUCGAUUGUUACGAUGAUGAGUACUCCAUCUUCAAUCCUAUCACCUCGCAGUCCGUGCAGUUCCCUGCUCUCAAUUUGAAGCCUGAACAAGCAAUCGGCUUCUCCAUACUGUCAUCUUCCCCAGCUAAUCCUAAUAGCAUGCUUAUACUUUUCGAAAAGAAUGCUACUUCUUUCAUCUUUUGUAGAAUUGGGGAUAAUCAAUGGACUGAGGAGCCAGCCAAGGGAGAGGUAGAUUAUAAGGAUGAUGAUGAGGAUUAUCUGAUAAGUCCUGUUAGGUGCAAAGGAAAAUUAUACUGUCGUACCCAUAACAGCGACAAAAUAGUGGAGAUUGGGUUGAUAAUGCAAUAUCAAUUCAUCAUAAAUUUGUUACCUGUGAAAUUGCCCCAGUACUUUGAAGGUUACAACUUGGAUCGUUGUUCAAGGAUGACAGAAUACAGUGGCCAACUCGUUAUGAUUUAUAUGGGACUACGCUGGAUACCUACUGAAGUUCAUCUUGAACCAAAUGCCGUGGAGGUUUAUAGACUGGAUUUCUCAAGAAUGGAAUGGGAAAUAUUAGACAGUGCCAAGGACGCAGCAUUAUUUUUCAGUGACAGAUCUCGUUUUUCUUGUGCGGCUGUUGGUGCUGUAUCAACUCAAGAAGCAGGUUAUAUUGCAAUAAAUGCACAACAAGAUUCUCAAGUGAAUUGGGAGAAGGGAACAAUGAUUUCCUCCAAUGAGGAUACAAAAGAAACUACUCAUGAAGGUGGACUUGAUUUGUGGGAACAUGAAAAGACAGCUAAUCAGUCAUACUCAUACCUAGAUAAUGACAAUUAUGAUGGAAGUCAGCAGUCAUCAGGUCAUCUGGAUCACCAUCAACGCUCCAAUUUUGUAGACCACACUCAAUUUUCUCAAAAAGACCUUGGUACAGCUUUAGAUAAGGAAUUUAGGGAGGAGAAGAUAUGGCAACAGAUGAACGCAAUACGAAAAAUAGUUGGAUAUAGAGGUUCACCAGAACAAACAUGCAUCGAAGAAUUAAAGGCUCUCUACCUUUUCACUGGAUUAAGAGACAAGGUUCAGAGCGUUAAUUACGAGCCUCUACUUCCAAAGCAAUUCCAUGACGGUGUUGUAUGCUUCAGUAGCCUUUCAAAUGUCACAGGAACCACUUGCUUCCCUCUACAUAGAAGAGGGGACUGAAGGUAAUUUACACAAAAUUAUACGAGGCAAAUUCUUCUUCAAAGCUUUUCAAAAAAACAAAAGCUGAGUCAUGGUUUUGGUAACACAUCGAUCUGCCUCCUUAUCGAAAACACGAGGCCCUAGCUUGCACAUACAACGAGCAUGCGAGUCCCGUGCCAAAAGCUCCUAAACCGAGAGACUGCUACCUCGAUCUACUGAUCUAAAAUGGGGGGGAUUUUAUGAGUUCACAGCCCAGUAAGUAAUAAGUUUAAGCUAUAAACUUGGGUCCUAAAACCUUUAGACCUAUCCACACAAAAGGCAUGAAACACAGCGGAAUCAAAUCAUAAGCACGAAUGUCAAGGAAUAAUCAAUGACAUUUAAAUUGAAUUCAUAUACUAAAAUCAUAUGCUCACA